CUCCUUUUAAAAUCCGGAUUUGAAGUCCGCCCUAUAAAUUCCCCAAAAAGGCCCUCACUUCGAAGAGAAAAAAUUUCCCCCUUUUCUCCCGUUAGAGGGAAACGCGAGAAAAUCACUGAGAAAAUUGAACUCCAAAAAUUUUCCAGUCGAAACUCUGAAUCUUCGAAUCUGCUGUAAACUCUCUCUGUUGAAGAAUAAAGACUUGUUAUGUGGUAAAAGGUCUGCAUUUACUUUGAAUUUGGUGAAUUAUGGGUGACGAGACCGAAGUUGUGGCGGCAGCAGAGAAUGGAAAUGGAACUACUCUGCCGGAGAAAAUGGAAUCUGUUAUGGAGAAGAAAGAGGAAGAAAAUAAUGGAGUGAAAGAAAUGGAAGAAGACAGCAAAGGUGAUGAGAAAGUUGAGACUGAGGCGCUUGAAGCUGAGAAAAUGGAUGAAGACCUAGCGGCCAAGGAAGAGAAGGAAAACAAAGAACUAGAAGAAAAAGAGGAACCCAAAACUGAGGUGAUGGAAGAGGAUAACGUGUCCAAAGAAAAUGAAGCAAGUGAAGAGAAGGUAGAGAGCAAAGAGAAUGUGGAAGAGAAGGUUGAUGGUUCUAAGGAAAAAGAGAAGGGAGGAGAGAUAAAGGAUGGGAAAGGGCCAAGGAAGCGAGGAAAAGGGAGGAGCAGUGGAGAGAGAGUCAAAGAUAAGGUGAAGGAAGUGGAAGAAAAAAAGGUGAAGGAACCAAGGACUCCUGCAGCUUCCACUAUUGCACGACCUGUACGGGAGCGGAAAUCUGUUGAAAGGCUCGUGGCAUCCAUUGAAAGAGACUCAACAAAGGAAUUUCAUAUUGAAAAGGGUCGUGGGACUGCACUGAAAGAUAUACCUAAUGUGGCAUACAAAUUGUCGAAAAGGAAGAGCGAUGACACUUUUAAAUUGCUUCAUACCAUUCUCUUUGGAAGGAGAGGAAAGGCGUUUCAGGUUAAGAAUAAUAUAUCCCGGUUUUCUGGCUUUGUGUGGCAUGAGAACGAGGAAAAACAAAAGAUUAAAGUAAAAGAGAAAUUUGACAAGUGCGUUAAAGAGAAGCUGUUGGAGUUCUGUGACGUUCUUGACAUAUCAAUUGCCAAAACUACAACAAGGAAGGAAGAUAUCGUUACAAAGCUGAUAGAAUUUUUGGUGGCUCCUCAUCCUACAACUACUGUGUUACUUGCAGAAAAAGAGCAGUCAAUUAAGGGCAAAAAGCGCAAGAGGGUGGUCAAACGGAAUUCAUCUAUGUCUGGGAGCACAUCUUCAAAACGUUCAGCGAAGAGUCGAAGAAAGACUGAGGAUACUGAUACAAUGGAGGAGAAAAAGAGUAUACAUGACUCUGAAGAUGAUUCAGAAGAAGAGGAUGACAAAAAUGAAGAGGAGGAAAAUGAGAAUGGUAUUCCUGAAAGAUCUGAGGAUGAGAUAUCUGAGCAUUCUGAAAGUGAGGAAAAAGGAAAUGAAUCAGAAGAUGAGUCUGAAGAAGAAAUAGUAAAACGCAAACGAGAUUCAAAGAAAACACCCGUGAAGAAGGAAUCCGCAGGAAAAGCUAAAACCAAGAAAACACCAACACCAAAGAAAUCAAUCUCUCCACCAAAAAGGUCUAAGAAAUUAUCAUCAAACCGCUCUAAGGCUGAUGAUGACAGUGAUACAAGUCCAAAGGUGUUUUCAAGAAAGAAGAAAAAUGAGGUAGCUAAAGGAAGGUCUUCGACUCCAAAGAAAUCUGUCUCCAAGGAAAAACCUGGGAAAAAGGCGGUGAAAGGGAAGGACAAGCCCAAAGAAGAUAAAUCGAGUCCAAGUGAUGACGAAUUAAGAAAUGCAAUAUGUGAAAUACUUAAAGAAGUUGACUUCAAUACGGCUACAUUUACCGACAUUCUGAAGCAACUUGGGAGUGUAGCAUGGUGUUGACAGUUUCUAGCUCGAUUGGGAUGAAGAUUUUCUUCCCUUGUCUAUUUGUAGUGGUGGGGAGGAUGUGUGUUUGGGAAACCUUAUGUGAGACUACAGCUAGGGUGAGGGUUAGACUUGUGUUUUCGUCCUGAUCCCUGACAGAAACUUUUUCAUGUCUCAGCUCGGCAGUUUGAAACGGAUCUUACUGCCAGAAAGUCAUCCAUAAAGCUCAUCAUCCAGGAAGAGCUUACAAAGCUAGCUGAUGAGGUUGACGAUGAAGACGAAGAAGGUGAUGCUGAGAAAGAUGAAGCCCAGCCUGCCAGCCAAGAGGUGGAGGCCUGACCACCUAGAUAGCGCAAGGCAUAUGAAAAAUGGUAUACCUAAUUAGGUCUGUCAUUGCCCUUCACCUCUUUUCAAAUUCUGUUUGUGCACCCAUGUACUGUUUAGUUAUCUCUUGAGUACAUCCAGCUGUAACUUAUUCUAGUGUUUUAUUUCCUGGCAACAGACUAGUGUUGGUUAGAAAGUAGUGGAGGUUGAACUGCCCGAGCUAUGCUGCAGUUUUGCAGCCUGUUAUGUACACAUUAACAUCAUAAAAUCUUUAGGAAUUUUUCUCUUUAAUUUAACCGACUUAAAAGGGAUAGAUGUUUCAGUUUUGUUUCA